AUGUUCAGAAAUUGCGUUACAAGGAGCGCAAGACUGGCAGCAAGGAGCAGCUCGAUUACGUGGCAACCAAGACUGAGCGGGCCAUCUUUCAUAAGGUUCAAGUCCUCUGUGCCACAGCCGGGUUUAAAUACAGAGAUUCAGACACAGCUGCCAUCUCUCGAUGAAAUUUCUGGGGCUACUGACGCUGCAGCAUCAUUGGCAGACCAAGCCUCUCAAGUUGUCGGAGAAGCUUCGAACCACAUUGGGUAUCUUAGCAGCAUAGGGCUUGCCAAGUCUUGGUGGUGGCCUCCCGAUUUGAUCCAGAAUAUUAUGGAGCAGAUUCACGUGUACACUGGGCUACCUUGGUGGGGAACAAUUGUGACUACAACGGUUAUAGUCCGUUUGCUGAUGUUUCCUCUAUAUGUGAAAUCUUCAGACACUAUAGCGCGUAAUUCAAAGAUAAAACCAGAGCUAGACGCUAUCAAUUCAGAAUUGAUGGGGACUACAGACAUGGUCGAAGCUCAACGAGUUGCUUUGAGAAGAAAGAAACUCAUGGCUGAGAAUGGGAUCAAAAACAGGUACCUAGCAGCUCCAAUGCUUCAGGUGCCCGUUGCUUUGGGAUUCUUUUCCGGAAUCAGGCAAAUGGCAAACUACCCAGUAGACGGUUUUACUAAUCAGGGCCUCGCUUGGUUCCAAGAUCUUUCGUUGGCGGACCCCUACCUGGGUCUCCAAGUAAUCACUGCUUCAGUAUUCAUCUCCUUUACCAGGCUGGGAGGCGAAACAGGCGCUCAACAAUUUUCCCCCGCCAUGAAGAAUUUCUUCACUGUUAUGCCGCUUUUAUCAAUUCCCGCCACUAUGAAUCUUGCAUCUGGUGUCGUGUUAUACUUCGCUGUCAACGGUGCAUGCUCUGUGCUACAGACCCUUGUUCUGAGGAACAAGUGGAUAAGAAAGAAGUUGGAUAUUGCUGACGUUGUCAAGCGCCCGGCGUCAACUACUGGCCCCGCAAAAGGUAUCAUUGAGACGUUCAAAGAAAAUAUGAAUAAGGCCAGAGAGCAAGCAGAAAGAAGGCAGUUAAUGCAAGACAAUGAGAAGAAGCUGCAAGAAGCCGCGAAAGAGCAAAAGUCCAAUUCCGCAAUCAAAAUCGUCCGCAAAUCCGAUCUAAAGAGGAAAUGA